AUGUCAAUUUCUAGCUUCCCCGAGCCUAACGAGAGUCAGUGCUUGGAGGCUCUGCAAGGCUUGAUACGCAUCAAGUCGUACAGUAAGACAGAUGGUGAACUGGAAGCUACAGCCUACAUGGCUGAGCUGAUGGAGGCCGCUGGUUUGCGAGCGGAAGUCAGAAAAUUCGACAACGGUCAAAGACAAAAUGCUGUUGGUGUAUGGAAGGGUACCGGUGGUGGGAAAUCCCUGCUAUUCAAUGGUCAUGUAGAUACGAAUCCGGUGACAGAAGGCUGGACUGUUGAUCCUUGGGGAGGUGUCGUUAAAAACGGAAUGAUAUACGGUAUAGGCGUGUCAAAUAUGAAGGCUGGCUGUGCUGCAUAUCUGUGCGCUGUUAGAACAUUGAUGGCAUCUGGAUGGAAGCCAAAAGGAGAUGUGACUCUCACUCAUGUUGUUGGUGAAUUACAAGGAGGUCCAGGAACAGUCGCUUUGAUUGAACAGGGAUAUUGUAAUGUGGAUUACUUUGUAAACUGUGAGCCAAGCGACCUGAAGGCUAUAACUAUGCACGCCGAAAGUCAUAUCUUCCGGAUAGAGUUGACAGGUAUCACAAGGCAUAUGAGUAAAAGGGAUGAAGGUACAGAUGCUUUACUCGCGGCGACAGACUUGAUUCCUCGACUGGACAAGGUGAUAUUCGGAAAUGCGAAGAAUGAAGAUGUGGCGGCUUGUAAUAGAUGUCAUGUUGGAGUGGUUAGAGCAGGAUUAGGACGCGAAAUGGCUGAUUGGAGACCACCACAAGUUGCCGAUUUUGCUGUUAUUCGUGGUGCAGCGCGUUUUGGUCCAGGACAAACAAGCAUCGACGUCGAAACUGCUUUAGAAAUUAGUUGUAUGGAAACUCAACGAAAUUUCCCAGACCUGAAAUAUGAGAUUUUUAAUGAACGUGGGGACAGCAUGCCUUCUUUUGAGGUACCGAAAGAUGCGUAUAUAGUGAGAAGACUGAAUAAAGCCUAUGAGAAAGUGCGACCAGGGAAAAAGCAACCCACAGGGGCAUUGGCACCUCAGUGUUUCUAUGGAUCAGAUGCUGGACAUUUGUAUGUAAAAUUGGGAUUGGAAGGUAUAGUCUGUGGUCCCGGUGGGAAAUACAACACUAUGCCUGAUGAGCGAGUAGAAAUUGUCGAUUACAUGGACUGUAUACGGAUGUUUAUUCGGUUGAUAGUAGAUAUAUCGGGCUGA